AAGAUGGCGGGCGGCGAUGGACAGUUUCCGCUUCCGGCGUGAGCGUCCAGGCCAAGGGGGGGUCAAGAUGGCGGCGGCACUAGGGGUCCAUGGCCAGUGCGAGCUGUCGCCUCGCUCAGGACGGUGCUGGCUUCUCAGCCUUUUGGCUUUGUUGAGCCUAGCGGCUCGAGGGGCCCUGGCCACCACGCACUGGGUCGUCACGGAGGACGGGAAGAUCCAACAGCAGGUGGAUUCACCAAUGAACUUGAAACAUCCCCAUGACUUGGUCAUAUUAAUGAGACAAGAAACAACAGUUAACUACCUCAGAGAAUUAGAGAAGCAAUUAGUCGCUCAAAAAAUUCACAUAGAGGAGAAUGAGGAUAGGGACACAGGACUGGAGCAGAGACAUAAUAAAGAAGAUCCAGACUGCAUCAAAGCCAAGGUGCCUUUAGGGGACCUGGACCUGUAUGAUGGCACAUACAUAACUUUGGAGAGCAAGGACAUCAGCCCUGAGGAUCAUAUCGACACAGAGUCUCCUGUCCCUGCAGACCCGGAGCAGCCUGACUGCACCAAGAUUCUAGAACUUCCAUAUAGCAUACAUGCAUUUCAGCACUUACGAGGAGUACAAGAGAGAGUUAAUCUUUCUGCCCCUCUGCUACCUAAAGAAGAUGCAAUCUUCACGUAUUUAUCUAAGCAGUUAGGAAGGAGUAUAGAUGACUUAGGUCACCUCAUCCAUGAAGGCCUCCAGAAGAACUCUUCCUCCUGGGUGCUGUAUAACAUGGCUUCAUUUUACUGGAGAAUAAAAAAUGAACCGUAUCAGGUAGUGGAAUGUGCCAUGAGAGCGCUGCACUUCUCUUCCAGGCACAAUAAAGACAUUGCCCUGGUCAAUUUGGCAAACGUUCUUCACAGAGCACAUUUCUCUGCUGACGCUGCUGUAGUAGUCCAUGCAGCGCUGGACGACAGUGACUUCUUCACCAGCUAUUACACACUGGGCAAUAUAUAUGCAAUGCUUGGGGAGUAUAACCACUCGGUGCUCUGUUAUGACCAUGCUUUGCAGGCCAAACCUGGGUUUGAGCAAGCUAUAAAGAGAAAGCAUGCUGUCCUGUGUCAACAAAAACUGGAGCAGAAAUUGGAGGCCCAACAUAGAUCCCUGCAGAGAACGCUGAAUGAGCUGAAGGAGUACCAGAAGCAGCAUGACCACUACCUGAGGCAGCAGGAGAUCCUCGAGAAGCACAAGCUGAUGCAGGAGGAGCAGAUCUUGAGAAAUAUCAUCCAUGAGACACAGAUGGCCAAAGAGGCGCAGUUAGGAAAUCAUCAGAUAUGCCGUCUGGUCAACCAGCAGCAUAGUUUACAUUGCCAAUGGGACCAACCUGUGCGCUACCAUCGAGGAGAUAUCUUUGAAAAUGUGGACUAUGUUCAGUUUGGUGAUGAUUCAUCAACUUCCAGUAUGAUGUCGGUGAACUUUGAUGUUCCAGCCAAUCAGAGUGAUGUCAGUGAUUCCAUCAAGUCCUCUCCUGUAGCCCAUUCUGUUCUCUGGAUCUGGGGCCAGGACUCUGAUGCAUAUAGGGACAAACAACAUAUUCUGUGGCCUAAAAGAGCAGAUUGCACAGAAAGCUAUCCCAGAGUCCCACUUGGUGGGGAAUUGCCAACAUACUUUCUGCCUCCAGAGAACAAAGGACUCAGGAUCCACGAACUCACCAGUGAUGAUUAUUCUUCAGAAGAGGAGACCCAAACCCCUGACUGCUCCAUAACUGACUUCAGAAAAAGCCACACUCUGUCCUACUUAGUCAAAGAAUUAGAGGUCCGCAUGGAUCUGAAAGCCAAAAUACCAGAUGACCAUGCACGCAAAAUUUUGCUUUCCCGUAUUAAAAACUAUACCGUUCCAGAAGAAGAAAUCGGGUCUUUCUUAUUUCAUGCAAUUAACAAGCCAAAUGCCCCUGUCUGGCUCAUUCUCAAUGAAGCUGGACUGUACUGGAGAGCAGUGGGAAACAGCACUUUUGCCAUCGCCUGUCUUCAGAGGGCCUUGAAUUUGGCUCCACUUCAGUAUCAGGACAUUCCUCUUGUCAACCUAGCUAAUCUUCUGAUUCACUAUGGCCUUCAUCUUGAUGCUACUAAGCUGCUUCUGCAAGCCCUGUCAGUCAACAGCUCCGAGCCCCUGACCUUUUUGAGCCUGGGAAAUGCUUACCUUGCUCUGAAGAAUAUCAGUGGGGCACUGGAAGCCUUUAGACAGGCUUUGAGAUUAACUACCAAAUGCCCGGAAUGUGAAAGCAGCCUGAAGCUGAUCCGCUGCAUGCAGUUUUACCCUUUUCUGUACAACCUCAGCUCUUCUGUUUGCAGUGGUCAUUGUCAUGAGAAAACCCUGGACAACAGCCAUGACAAACAGAAAUAUUUUGACAACCCACAGUCACUGGAUGCUGCUGGAGAAGAGCCCUCUGAGCAAGGAGCAGAGGAGGACCCUGUGCUUUCUGUUGAGAACUCAGGGAGGGACUCAGAUGCCCUUAGACUGGAAAGUACAGUAGUUGAGGAAAGCAAUGGUUCUGACGAGAUGGAGAAUUCAGAUGAAACAAAGAUGUCAGAAGAGAUACUGGCUUUGGUGGAUGAAUUUCAGCAGGCGUGGCCUCUGGAAGCCUUUGAGGGAGCGCUAGAAAUGAAGGGGCGGCGUCUAGACUUGCAGGGGAUACGGGUACUGAAGAAAGGUCCCCAAGAUGGAGUCGCCAAAAGCUCUUGCUAUGGAGACUGCAGAAGUGAAGAUGAUGAAGCAGCAGAAUGGAUCACAUUCCAGGUCAAACGUGUAAAGAAACCCAAAGGAGACCAGAAAAAGCCUGGGAAAAAGGCAGAAUCAAAUCAAGCAGAAAAUGGACAGCAUUACCAAGCAAACCUGGAGAUCACUGGUCCCAAGGUGGCAUCUCCCGGGCCUCAAGGAAAAAACCGUGACUAUCAGAGUCUGGGGUGGCCCAGUCCAGAUGAAUGCCUCAAACUUCGCUGGGUAGAGCUAACUGCCAUCGUCAGCACCUGGCUAGCAGUUUCUUCAAAAAACAUUGACAUCACAGAGCACAUAGACUUUGCCACUCCCAUACAGCAGCCAGCAAUGGAACCACUGUGCAAUGGCAAUCUCCCCACAAGCAUGCACACCCUGGACCACUUACACGGAGUGUCCAACCGAGCCAGCCUGCACUACACGGGUGAGAGCCAGUUAACAGAGGUAUUACAGAAUCUUGGCAAAGACCAGUAUCCACAACAGUCACUUGAGCAGAUUGGCACCCGAAUUGCCAAAGUUUUGGAGAAGAACCAGACGUCCUGGGUCCUCUCCAGCAUGGCAGCCCUCUACUGGAGAGUGAAAGGCCAAGGGAAGAAGGCCAUUGACUGCCUGCGCCAGGCCCUCCACUAUGCUCCACACCAGAUGAAGGACGUGCCCCUCAUCAGCCUGGCCAACAUUCUGCACAAUGCCAAGCUCUGGAAUGAUGCCGUCAUCGUCGCCACCAUGGCUGUGGAGAUUGCACCACAUUUUGCUGUAAACCACUUCACACUGGGCAACGUCUACAUGGCGAUGGAAGAGUUUGAAAAGGCCCUGGUAUGGUAUGAAUCAACACUGAAACUGCAGCCAGAGUUUGUCCCAGCCAAGAACAGGAUCCAGACCAUCCAGUGCCACCUGAUGCUAAAGAAAGGCCGGCGCUCUCCCUAGUGCUCCUAACCUUCACCUCUGCUUGCCAGCCAGUCAGAACAGGACCCAGUCAUUGUUGGGAUCCUCUCGGAUGAUGUAUGUGGAAAUUACUGAGUAAGAUGGAGCAGGACGUUGCCGUUUGUGGGAAUUGGUUUGGCUUGGUUUUUAAGGCUCUCCUUUCCCCCAGCCACCCUCAGAAAAGGCAUCUUCAGAAACACAAGUUUCUUAAAAGGAAAUGCGGCUUAAAGAUACCGUGUAAAUACUGAGCCAGGACAUCUGCAGAGCUCUGCUCUGGCUUCCAAACCUCCACGCCUUUAAGGCUCCUCUGUGGUCCAGCCAGCCUCUUCCCUGGGGAGGCCAGAACUGCACUGUCCAUUCUCUGCUUCCUGUGUAGCCUCUCUUGUCCCUGGAAUAGCAAAGUCACCUGGGGCCAGUCAGUGAGAAGCGGGGCUCUCCACUCUGCACUAGCUCAGCUCAUGGCCCCGAUCCCAUCCAUUCCACGCUGCUGUGUUACAAACUCUCAGAGGUAGUUUGCAGGGGAGGAAGGGGAAAUGAUUUUACAAACAAAAUAUUUACAACAGCAGAAACUUAGGUUCACCUGCCCUUUGUAAGUUAUUUAUGUUGGGGAGGGAGGGGGGCUGCAAAGGGGUCAGCCAUGUGCAACAUCGUAUCAUUUGUACUUUAAUUACAGAUCAGGAGGAAACCAAUAGGUUGAAAUCCUAUAUAACAGGUUUAUAUAUAGAGAAUAUGUAUAUUUGAAGCCCUCCACAGACUGAGUCUGUGUGUUACUAAUUCUUUGUUCACUGUGUUCCCCAUCUUGGAAUAGGCGUGACUGUCAGCUCCCUCUCUGAAGCCGACACACCAGCUCCUCGGAGGAGAGCCAGGAGGGUUGGGUGUCCCAUACAAUGCCUUUACCUUUGGUCCCAGGAGAAUCAGAAACUCCAAAGUUUUGGAAUCUUUAAGGGCGCAUACUGAGAACAAAAAUAAAACUUGUCUAUGAACAAAAU